AUGAAUACUUGUUUGAACGGAAAAAGAUGGAGUUUUUCUGAACUAUUAUCAAAUGAAAUUUCACCUUGGGAUGUUCUAUCAUGGAGCUCCAGCGUAGAAAAAGCAGAUGACUAUGCACGAGUCUUCUAUAAUCGAUCGGAAAAUUUUGAAGACGAGCCAGUCCUAUGUCAAUGUUCAGAAGGAUUUCUAGGAAAGAAAUGCGAGUACCAACUUCUCUUCGAUACUUCUUCCUUCAACAAGGCUUGGCCAGUACUUUUCAAAGCGCACAGGAAUAGUGAAGGUCAUCAACUGUACGGUAGUAUAUUAUGCUAUGAGACAUUAAAAUGUGACUCUGGAAUGUUAUGUCUUGAUUGGAGAGAUAUUUGCAAUGGACAACAAAAUUGUAUGGAUGGACUUGAUGAAGAAAACUGUGAUUUAUUGGAAUUUAAUGAAUGUGAAAACGAUGAAUAUCGUUGUACCGAUGGAAUGUGUAUAGCAGAAGAAUAUUGGAUUGAUGGUUCACUUGAUUGUAUGGAUGGGACCGAUGAAAUGUUCGCUCUACAUGGAGUUAAUUGCGUCGCUUAUCCGUGCCCCAUCGAUUGUGAUGACCAUAAAUGUCCCAUACAUCAGUGGUCAUGUGGAGAUGGUCAAUGCAUUCCUUAUUUUAAGCGAUAUAUCUACCAAACAGAAUGGCGAGAUUCUAUAAUGUGCCUCAGUAUGCGGGAGUUCAAUUACAUGUGUGAAUUAGCAUCUGACGAAUCAUAUUGGACAAAACCGGAUGGUCUUUGUACGGAACGGGGCUACCAUGAUACUUCUUUGAUACUCUCAUCGAACUUGGAGAAAUGCAUCUAUUACAUUCGCUGCGCACUUUCGAAGGGAGCUGAAAUUCAAUGCCCAUGUAAUGGAACAAACUGUAAUACAUUGAUGCAAGAAGUCUGUGAGCAUGGUAGCAGCUAUCUAUAUCCAGGUCGAGGCAUUAUCCGGCCAUGGAUUAAGCAAUAUUAUUCAUGGGAACAAACUUGGAAUGACAAGACACCGGCUUUGGCUCUGUUCGUGGGAAGUAUUAGAUGUCGAGGAUUUCACAUUGUUUUGAAGCAGGAAGAUAACUUUGAAUUCACGCUACCUUAUAAUCUAUAUCCAUUCUCCAAUCUAGAUGAUAGAUUCUGUCCUAUUAUGCCAAUGAAACAUCGGAAUAUUAUGUCGUUGUACAAAUAUUCAGCUACAUGUUGGAAUGAUUCGUUCACUUUCAGUGGACGACCGUAUGCCUUUUGUGAUAUUUGUCCGAAUUCAAGUAUAUGUUUUUCACAAUAUCGAAUUGCAGAUGGGAUACAAGACUGUGCAUAUGGAGAGGAUGAAGAUAGUCGUGCAGUUGAAAAAAGAAAUUAUUGUCACAACAUUCAAAAGCAUCGAUUCCAGUGCUCUUCAGAACAGAUGACUUGCUUAACACUUCAAAGUCUGACUCAAAUUCAAAACUUUGGAAGCACGUGCGUAAAUAAGUACGAUAUAAAAAUUAAAGGUGAAGGACAAUAUCUGGAUAGCAUAGUUUGCGUUGAUGUUAUAGACAUCAGCGACUGCAAUCUACUUCGAUAUUAUAUUGGCAAUUCAUCUAUUCCGAAUUCCAACUUU